AUGUCUUCUAAGUGGACUAACUGGAGAGAACCUUCUAUAAACUUGCCCUCCUGUUCAACCGAAGAAGUCGUCGAUGAAUUUGUUUCUACAAAAUUUAACAAACACAAGAAGAAAAUUAACGUUUUAUCGGACAGCGAAGAUGAAGAUGCUCAAGAAUAUAUCGAAGAUGAUGAUGAAGAUGUCGACGAUGCUGAUAGAGAACGUAGUGAUGAAGAUAUCCCAGACAGUUUUAUUCUAGUGACCGAAUCCCAACAUAUGGAAGAACAUAUUAAACUGGAAAAAAUAAAAGUUGACAUACGUACAAACACUGCUUCAUUGAAUAACACGAAUUUAUCCAACCUCCCAGACAACGGUUUGUCUAUAAAAACCAGACAAAACACGUUGGAACGAGCUUACGCGGAGCAGGAAUCGAAAAUAAGGAAAUUAAAAGUAGCACCGAACAAAAAGAAAUCGCCCCUUGCGCCUUGGGCGAAAAUCGCAGCCAGCGCAAGAGCCGUACAACCCAAGACAUUCGGAAAGAAAGCCCCAGCGACUAUCGAUCUACAAUGGCAAUUAACCAUGGAUAGAUUGCAACAAUUGCACAUCUCCAUAGAAAAUCGACCUAAGGACACUGACCUCAUGGCACCCCCCGAAGGACUAAAAGUCGAAUUGAAGGUACACCAGAGGAGCGCCUUGUCUUGGUUGAUCUGGAGAGAAACUCAAAAACCGCCCGGUGGCAUCCUAGCUGAUGAUAUGGGCCUCGGGAAAACCCUAACGAUGAUCUCGUUGAUAUUGAAGAGCAGAGAACUCGAUCGAAAUGGGAUAAAUCGACGCUCUAGUGACAAAGACAAAGGCGGGACUCUUGUAGUGUGCCCGGCAAGUCUCCUAAAUCAAUGGUCCAAAGAGCUGGUUCAAAGGACUGAAGAUGGACUGUUAUCGUUCAAUUUACACCACGGUCCCAAAAGGGAAACUAAUGCCGAAACGCUCGCCGAAUACGACGUGGUUUUCACUACAUAUAAGCUUGUGAGCGGCGAAUUUGCGAAGAAAGGACCCCUAUUUAACGUGGAAUGGUCGAGGAUAAUCAUCGACGAGGCUCAUGAAAUUCGCAAUUGCAAAUCCAAAACGAGCAAUGCCGUUUGCGAAUUGCAUUCGAAAUGUCGAUGGGCCGUGACGGGUACUCCUGUACACAACAAGGAAUCGGAUAUGUACGCGCUAUUGAAAUUCUUGAGAUGUACCCCGUUCGAUGAUUUGACCAUUUGGAAGAGAUUGAUCGACGACAAGUCGGAAGGAGGCUUCGAACGAUUGCGCACGGUAAUUAUACCCUCCAUUAUGUUGCGAAGAACGAAAGAUGAGUUAUCGAAUAUGAAACUUUUGAACGUUCUACCGGAACGAACGUACGAAAUGAUUAAUGUUCCUCUAGACGCCGAAGAACACGAAAUUUACAAUAACAUUUUGAUCCACUCCAAAACGUUGUUUGCCCAAUUUCUCCACCAGCAGGCCGAGAAACGUGAAGAGAAGCGAAUCGAUAUCAACUCAAAACCAAACGAGGUAGAUUUCAAAAUGAGACAAAGCUUGCUCGAAUUAAAGGAAAUCAAAAAACAUGAAAUCUUAGUUAGGCUUCUCAGAUUAAGACAGAUUUGCAACCAUCCUUCGUUGAUAAUUAAUAUGUUGAACGAAGAUAACGACGUUAAUGUAUUGGGAGACGAUAUCGAUGAAUUGGAGGCUGAAAUGGAGGGUUUUAAUAUACGAGACGAAUUACAAAAUUUGUCCUUAUCGGAUCAUCCGAAUGGAAACAAUUCGAAAGAGGCCGCCAAUGCUGUAAUAAAACCAUCGCAUCCGAUAUUCGAAACGACGCGAAUGAGUUCCAAAAUGCGCGUGUUAUUCAAACUUAUUGAAGAGAAACUUUUAAACAACGAUGAUAAAGCAGUGGUCGUGUCCCAAUGGCCGAGUUUCCUGCGUUUAAUAGGUCAUCAUUUGAAGGAACAAAAUAUACCGUUCUGCCAGUUAGAUGGAAAAGUACCUGUAGCUAAACGACAGGAAAUCAUUGAUCAGAUUAACGACCCCAAAAGUUCGACUAAGAUCCUGUUAUUGUCUUUAAAAGCUGGAGGCGUUGGUUUAAAUUUAAUGGGUGCAAAUCACUUGUUUAUUAUGGAACUUCAUUGGAACCCCCAAAUGGAAAAUCAGGCCGUUGAUAGAGUGUAUAGAGUAGGCCAAGAGAAGCCUGUAUUUAUUUAUAAACUCAUGGCUGCGGAAACCAUCGAAAAGGGAAUAUUAGAUAUACAGAAGAAAAAAAUUAAUAUUGCGGAUAGCAUGUUUACCGGCACGAAAUCCGUGGAUAAAAAUGAGCUUACAUUGCAAGAUUUAAAACAAUUAUUCCAAAUGUGAUUUGAAUAUUCUACUAUUAUUUUACUACUAACUAUUUUAUAAACGUUCUAUAUUUUUACUAUAAAAUAUUUUUCUAUACAAUUUGAAGAAGUGAGGUUAAGUGGAGGAUACGUAAUUAAAUCAACUCUUACCAAACAGCCAUCACCACAAAUCUUAUGAAUGCAGUUAUGAAACAGAUAUUUAAAUUUAAUCAAUAAUGCUAAUCAAGUUAAUUCGGUUGGUAUUUAUAUUUGUUCAUUUGACAAUUUCUUGAUUUGUUAACAUAUGGUUCCUUGACUUCAUUUCUUAUUAUUCUUAUUAUAUUCUUAUUAGUCUUAUAUUUUUUGUUAUUGUAAUAAAUAUUUUAUUUUGUUAAUGGGAAAGUCCCGCAAAUAAAUAAAUGUUUAUAUUUUUGAUUAAAUAAAUUUUAAUAUUGUGUUAUAUAAUUGUUGUACAAUUAUACGGGGUGUCCUGAAAGUGUGGGAAAUCUCUCGGAUCCAUAUACAUAUAGAACAUCCAAAAAAUAAAAUAAGAAGUUCCUACAAAGUUUUUCAAAAUGGCGCCUAACUGUCAUUUUAAAAGUUUCAACUGUCAUUUUUACGUCGAUAAAUAGUAUUUUUACACCAAUAUAAACACCCCAAAUUUCGCGACAAAAGCUCUUACCAUUCAAAAGUUAAAGGGGGGGCGACGGACUUUUGGUCCUCACCGUAUAAAUGAAACCCGAACCUGAAAUUUAAUUUUUUCAGAACACCGAUUUUUAAAAAAUUUUUUUUAAGAUAUCGGUAUGUGCGAAGGCGGCAUUUGAAACAUUUUCGAUAAAGUAAUUUCGCUAAGUUGCUGAUCAACAGGAACUCUAGUAUCGUAUAAAGAAGGCGCUUGGAAAAUUAUCCCGCAAGUACCGCCUAUGCACGCAAACGUGAACACCCAGAGGAAAAAUCGAUCCAAAACCAUCGAGACGAAUUUCCAAUCUUCAACCACCU